AUGAUGGAGGACCUCGACCCCCUCACGGCCUCCAAGAUGAGUGCCUCGAUGGGGCCGAACGACGCGAACGGAGCGGACUCCAACGGCGGACACAGCUCGCCGUCUCCCGGAACGCCGCCCCCCGCCGCGGUGCCGGAGCGCGAGGCUCCACCCCCCCCUUCGCCGCCUGGCGCUCCGCCGGGUGCGCCCUCGGCGGGCAACGACGCGCUCCCUCCGCCUCCGCCGUACGACUCCGUCAUGAUGGACACGGGGGCGCGGGACCACGGCGUCGCGGACCCCACGGAGUCGAUAUUCGCGGCUCGGAACGACAUUGAGAUCGCCGUGUCAGACCCGGUGAAGCAGGGCGACGGCGUGGGCGCGUUCAUGAGCUACAAGGUCACGACGAAAACGUCGCUCCCGGGCUUCCGGCAGCCGCAGACGACCGUCAUUCGCCGCUUCCGCGACUUCGACUACCUCGAGGCCCAGCUCCAGCGCGCCUUCCGCGGCAUCGUCAUCCCCGCGCUGCCCGAAAAGUCGGCUGUGCAAAAGUUCCAGAUGCAAGACGAGUUUGUGGAAGACCGACGCAGGGCCCUGCAGGUGUUCCUGUGCCGUGUGGCGUUCCACCCGAUCCUCGGGUCCUCUGCGGAGCUGCGGCAGUUUCUGGAGCAGCCCGAGGACGAGUGGGCGUACACGGUGGCGCGUGAGAGGGCAGAGGAGGGGGGAGCUGCGCAGAAGGUCAGCAAAGUCCUCGACAUGUUCCGCGGGUGGGGCCACUCGGCGUCGAACCUCGUGCACGGGAAGAGCGACGACUCGAGCGAGGAUCCGGACUACCUGCGCUUCCGAGAGUACGUCAACAUCCUCGAGGGCCACACCUCGGAGUGCCACCGCCAGGCCGCGCGCAUCGUCCGCAAGCGCGGCAAGCUCCAGGCUGCCAUGCGGGACCUGGGUCAGGCCAGCCAGGGCCUCGGCCAGUUCGAGCGCGAGCCUUUGAAGCAGUGCUUCGGCGUCCUCUCCGCGCGCUGCGACCACGUCUCCGGCGUCCUCGAGGCCGCGGACGCCCGCCUCGCCGCGGCCUUCGAGGCCCCCCUGAAGGAGGCCAGCAGGACGAUCAAGUCGGUGAAGUUCACCAUGGCGGACCGGUCAGCGGCGCUGUCGGCGUUCGCGCAGGCGCAGGCGGACACCGAGCUGCGGCGGGCGCGCCUGACGAAGCUCCGCGGCACGCCCGGGAUCCGCCAGGACCGGGUGAUCGAGGCGGAGCGGGACCUGUCCAUCGCGACGCAGCGGCAGCAGGAAGCGCGGACGACGUACGACACGGUGGUGGAGCGGAUGGGGUCGGAGCUGCAGAGGUUCCAGCGGGACAGGAGCGCCGAGCUCGCGAAGACGCUGCAGUCGUUCGUAGAGAUGCAAGUGGAGGAGGCGCGGGAGCUCCUGACGGCGUGGGAGGGGGCGCUGAACGAGAUCCGCCCGCUCGUGGCGCAGCAGCAGGACAUGGCGCGCUCGCAGAUGCUCUGA